GCAUACAUAAUUGUAUAAUUUGGUACUGCGGAGCCUCUUGUUGGCUUGGAAAUAAUGUGCGCGCUACAUUUCCAACCCUUUCCGCCGCAAAGCCACAAACUUCACUCUUCCGCGAUUUUCUGUCCUCCACGACCCUCUUCCCUUCCUCUUCUGCCUCCAUCUCCUAACCUAAUUUGCAAAUGCAAAACCGCAAUUUCCUCCGUCGAACUUCCUCCCAACGCCCUUCGCCGCAAGCUCGACCCGCAGUGGAGAGGAGGUUUCAGUCUAGGGGUUGACCUCGGAACGUCUCGCACUGGACUUGCUCUUAGUAAAGGCUUUUCCACUCGUCCUCUUACUGUUCUGGAGUUGCGAGGACAAAAGCUUGAGUUUAAGCUUAUUGAGAUUGCUGAACAGGAAGAAGCUGAUGAAUUUAUUAUUGGACUUCCUAAAUCACUUGAUGGAAAAGAGACACCUCAGUCAAACAAAAUCCGUAGUAUUGCCGGAAGGGUGGCAGCCCAGGCAGCUGAAAGGGGUUGGAGAGUUUACUUGCAUGAUGAACAUGGGACAACAGCAGAAGCGGAAAGCCACAUGAUUUGCAGGGGGCUCAAUAAAACUACUCGGCAGAAGAAAAUUGAUGCCUAUGCUGCCAUGAUGGUACUAGAGAGAUAUUUUUCCAUGUCAGGCGAGGGAACCGAACUUGUAGUGCCUAAGGGUCAAGUUUUACAGGAAAAGCUUAUCGAGGGACCACCAAUAGACCCUGACUUCAAGGAUUAAGGACGUGCUUCAGGCAAGGAAAAAAAUAAGCUGGAAAAGAGGCCCUCGGUCAACAAAGGUAUUUAUGUCUGCUCAAGCUCAACUCUAAAAAUUUUUUCAAAAUAACUUCUCUAAAUUUUUUUUUUUUUUUUUUGGAGAUCGUGUAGUGUAAUGCUUACUCUAAAACUAUUUGUUUAUACAAUUUGUUUAUACAGUAGUAAUAUUCUUUGUUUCUCUCUUCAUUUUCGGAUUCCUAUCUAAUGACCCGGGACGUAAUCCGGGACGUGAAGAAUAAAACAAAUGAUUUUUUUCAUUGCUUGAUUUUGAAAUGUUCUAAAAAUUUUAUCUAUUCCACAUCUUUCCUAAACUA